AUGCAAGCUCCUAUGCAAGCUCCAGUGGUGGUGAUGAACACCAACCAGGAAAGAACUACCGGCCGUCAAGCUCAAAUCUCAAACAUCACAGCUGCUAAGGCUGUCGCAGACGUGAUCCGUACUUGUCUGGGCCCCAAAGCCAUGCUAAAAAUGUUGCUAGACCCUAUGGGUGGUCUUGUUCUUACCAACGAUGGUCAUGCCAUCUUACGUGAAAUUGACGUUGCUCAUCCAGCUGCUAAAUCCAUGCUGGAAUUGUCCAGAACUCAGGACGAAGAAGUUGGAGAUGGGACUACUACCGUUAUUAUCCUAGCCGGGGAAAUAUUGGCUCAAUGUGCUCCAUAUUUGAUUGAAAAGAAUAUCCACCCUGUCAUUAUCAUUCAAGCUUUGAAACAAGCUUUGUCGGACGCCUUAGAAGUCAUUAAGCAAGUAAGCAAACCCGUUGAUGUGGAAAAUGAUGAUGCAAUGAAGAAAUUGAUUCAGGCUUCCAUUGGUACCAAGUACGUGAAUCAUUGGUCCGAAAAGAUGUGUACACUUGCCUUAACUGCGGUCAAGACCGUUCGUGUGGAUCUAGGUGAAACGUUGGAAGGAGAACCACAUUUUGAAAUUGAUAUCAAGAGAUAUGUUCGUGUGGAAAAGAUUCCUGGUGGGGAAGUUAUGGAUUCUGAUGUGUUAAAGGGUGUCAUGUUGAAUAAGGAUGUUGUCCAUCCAAAGAUGGCUCGUCUUGUGGAAAACCCACGUAUUGUUUUAUUGGAUUGUCCCUUAGAGUAUAAGAAGGGUGAAUCUCAAACAAAUAUUGAGAUUGCCAAUGAAGAAGAUUGGAAUAGAAUUUUACAAAUUGAAGAAGAGCAGGUACAAUUAAUGUGUGAACAAAUUUUAAGCGUGAAACCAACUGUUGUCAUCACUGAAAAGGGUGUCUCCGAUUUAGCUCAACAUUUCCUCUUGAAAGGUGGUUGUAGUGUAUUAAGAAGAGUUAAAAAAUCUGAUAAUAAUAGAAUCGCACGUGUUACAGGUGCUACCAUUGUUAAUCGUGUAGAAGAUUUGAAAGAAGCAGACGUGGGUACCGAUUGUGGAUUAUUUAAAGUGGAAUUAAUAGGUGAUGAAUACUUCACCUUUCUAGAUCAAUGUAAGAAUCCAAAGGCCUGUACCAUCAUCCUUCGUGGUGGAUCUAAGGAUAUUCUAAAUGAAAUUGAACGUAAUUUACAAGACGCCAUGGCUGUCGCUCGUAAUGUUAUGCUAUCCCCAUCUUUAUCCCCCGGUGGUGGUGCCACAGAAAUGGCCGUCUCCGUGAAGUUAGCCGAACAUGCUAAACAACUAGAAGGUAUUCAACAAUGGCCAUAUCAAGCUGUUGCUGAUGCUAUGGAAUGUAUUCCACGUACUCUAAUACAAAAUGCAGGUGGUGAUCCAAUUAGAGUAUUAUCACAAUUGAGAGCCAAGCAUGCUCAAGGUACGUAUACUAUGGGUAUCGACGGUGAUGCCGGAAAAGUCGUUGACAUGGUAGAGUAUGGUAUCUGGGAACCUGAAGUCAUUAAACAACAAAGUAUUAAGACCGCUAUUGAGAGUGCCUGCUUAUUAUUAAGAGUUGAUGACAUUGUUAGCGGGGUCAAGAGAGAGGAACAAUGA